CCGCAACAGCAGCAGCAGGCGCCACCUCAGCAGCCGCCACCGCAGGAACCCAUCGCCAGGCCGGUAUAUUACGCUGAUAGGGUUCCUAGCAACACCACCGGCAUGAACCCCAUUCCUGAUCCCAAACGCGACGUUCCCAUUUCCAGCUACGUUCUUACCUCAAUGCAACCUCCUGAUCAGCAAUUCCGGCAGCAUCCAUCUCACGUCCAGCAGUUUCAGCAGCAACAGCAGCAGCAGCAGCAACAACAACCACCACCACAGUUCAUUCAAGCAAACCCUAACCCCCAAUAUAUCCAUCAUCCUGCAACCGGCACUGUCCUCUCAUACCCAGCCUACUACCAAAUGCCCAUACAACAAUCCCAGCAGUCUCAUCCCUAUGAUCAGCAGCAGUACCCUUUCUACUACCUCCCUGUCCGUCAGAAUCCCCCACCUCCACAGCCUUACAACAUGUCUAUCGCCACUUCUCAUCCAGAUGUCUCUUCUCAGGUAAAGCCGGCUGCUGCCACCACCUUCUCAAAACCAAUCCCUGCUAAGCCUGAACAGCAGGCAAAUAUAUACCGAAUGGCUGCCAUGGGACCGCCACAACCUAAUAAUGCUACACCGCUACCAACUACUGUGUCUCAGCCUCUAAUCCACCUCUCAUCUGAUCAAGUCCAUCCAUAUUCUGGGAUGAACUAUCAUGUAAUGCAUCACCAUCAUCCUUCUCAACAGCAGCCUGCUGCUGCUGCCACCACCACCACAGUGGCAGCUAAUUUUGGAUAUGAGCAGACAGGGAUUCCUCCAGUUUACUACACUCAGACGACCUCUCCGCCGGGAUUGGCUCCGACCCAGUAUCAGACUAUGGUGACCUCCCCUGAUGCCGCCACGGCCGCGGUUGCAGCUGCCUCCAUUCUUCAGCCUGGCGAGGUUAAGCAGACAAGAGCUUCAUGAUGUAAGUAAUAAGUAUUUUGAGAAACUGAAACUCUGAUCUGGCUUGCAUGUUAUUUGAUUGUGUUUCCUUAUUAUAUGUUGUGUAUUGUUAUUAUUUCAUGUUUUAGUAUGUUGUGGUAGGAAUAAGAGGUGUUGAAUGUUCUAUGUCUCUUCUGUUUGUGGUUGUUAGGUGAACCACCAGUGUGGGUGGUCUCACCCUUCGCUGCUGCCCUGCAUCUGAAGCAGAAACUAUUGCUAUGAGUUUUUUGGUAUCUAUAAAUAAACAUAUUACAGCAAUUAUGGAA